AUGGAGUGGACCCCACAACAUGACAGAGCCCUUCUAGAUAAAAUGUCUGUUAGUGAGGUGUUCCAGUAUAAAAAGGGGACACCAGAAAGAGGUCAAGUUUGGGACUCCAUCGCUGCAAACCUCAAUGCUGUGGAAUACCCAAAAUUUAAGGUCCUCAAGAGGUCAUGUAGAGACCGCUGGACUCUGUUGCGUGGGAAAUACCAGAAAAAAAUGACAAACGAAAUCAAAGCAUCCGGCAUUGAUGUGGAGGUGAAUGAAAUUGACACCAUAAUUGAAGAGCUUAUUGGGAAAGAAGAUUCUGCUGUUAGCACUGGUGGCAAAGACAAGAAAAAAGGUUGA